AUAGACAAAGGUCAAGUAAUGGCAAGCCCCCCGAAUGAAAAGAUAACACAUACAAAGGCUAUGCGUGCGCUGACAAAUGCGUUUUUUCGGUUUCUGUCCUUUCUCCUGCCUCCCUCCUGGCUUCAGCUCGCAUUUUGCUGGUGGGUUGGGGAUGAGUGCGGAAAGAUGCCAUGGCCCAAUCCGAGGGCGCGUUUCAAAGGGAAAAAGCCUCUUACAUAUCAGGAAGUAGCGCCACAAGAAGACUCCAUCCUCUCCGCUUCCCCAGCUCCUAGCUGUGUCUCGCUAGCUGCUAACAGCUCCGCACCACCACCACAGGGCUCUCCGUGGGGUAGAAUCCGGGAGCUCUGGCAAGCUGUGGAGCGCAUCUUCGGGGCUCCCCUUGGCAUCCUUCACCGCUGGUGGCAGAAGCCCCAAGCCUUUUGUGGCCUUUACCCCGUCGUAGCUUUCGAUUCGAGCGCCAGCUCCGUCAAUAUCAGCCGGGGCGCCACUGGCUCGGAGGCGGACGUACUGACAGCAGACACGUUUACCUCGGGUAGCAUGAGUACAACCAUGGAGCUCCACGGCCAGUCUGUAUCAGGCUUGGUCGGGCAUACCGUAAACGAGGAGGUGAUCACCGUGGACCAGCACCAGCAGGAUAUGAGCACCCAAGUGACCAUAACUGUUGCCAUUCAGGCAGCGGAGGACGAGGACCAAGACCCUGACGAGGAAGUCUCGUCAAAUCAUUUGGACAUUCACGGAGGAAGCGGCAGCGACGACGAAAUUGCACGGCAUGACAAAUCAAGUGGGGCUGGCACGAGCGGAGGCGAGCUGGAGGAGGAGAGCUGGCAGCCCCCGGACCCGGAGCUGACCCAGAAGCUGGUGGCCCAGAUUGAGUACUACCUGUCGGAUGAGAAUCUGGAGCAUGACGCCUUCCUGCUCAAACAUGUCAGACGCAACAAGCUGGGUUUCGUCAGCGUCAAGCUGCUCACCUCCUUCAAAAAGGUGAAGCACCUGACGCGUGACUGGAGGACCACGGCCUACGCCCUGCGCCAGUCUGCCAUGCUGGAGCUGAACGACGAGGGCCGCAAGGUGCGCCGCCGGACCAUGGUACCCGUCUUCGCCAGCGAGUCCCUGCCCAGCCGCAUGCUGCUGCUCAGCGAGCUCCACCUCUGGCCCGAGCUGGGAGUGGAGCUGCAGGCAGGAGGAGGGGCUGCAGACGCAGGGGGUGGAGCUGGAUCAAAUGUGGGCGGGGUUGGAUCUAACGGAGGCGGAGGUGGUAGCACACAGCAGGAGCGGCUCAUGGAGCUGCUGCUGAAGGCCUUCGGGACCUACGGGCCGAUCGCGUCUGUGCGAGUCCUGAAGCCUGGAAAGGACCUGCCCGCUGACCUGAAGAAGCUGAGCGGACGCUACACGCAGCUGGGCAGGGAGGAGUGUGCCAUCGUGGAGUUUGAGGAGGUGGAGGCUGCCGUCAAGGCCCAUGAUGCGGUGGGCGAGAGGGGCGAUGGCAGCAGCCCACUGGGGCUGAAGGUGGUUCUGAUCGGCACAAAGCCGCCCAAGAAGAAGGUGGGUAAAGAACGGGGACCGCGGGAGGAUGGAGAAGCCGGUGUGGUGGGCAUGGGCAUGCGCAAGAGUCGCUCCCUCAACAGCCGCGUGCGCGAGCUGCAGUUCGGCGAUGACUCUGCGUGCAGCUCCUCUGAGACAGAGAGCAACCCCACCUCGCCGCGGCUGGCCCGCAAGACCCGCUCGCUCAACAAGCUGAGCCCUACAUCCGGCGGCACAGGCUUUCAGAACAAUCAUCUGAGCCCGGCCGUCUCCCCCCGCUCCAGCCCCUGGUCCAGCCCCCGAGCUAGCCCUUGCUCCCAGCGCAAGUCCCCCUAUGGCGGCAAAUCGCCCCUGGUCAGCGAGGGACGACUCAGCCCGGAACCGGGCCGGCGCUGGGCCGACUACUCCUCGGACAGCAGCCUGACCCCCUCGGGCAGCCCCUGGGUGCAGCGCCGCAAGCAGGUGGCCUCCCAGGAGAGCAGCCCCGUAGGGAGCCCCAUGAUGGGCAGAAAGAUCCAGAAUGCAGACGGCCUUCCUCCAGGGGUAGUGCGUCUGCCCAGAGGGCCGGACGGCACCCGGGGCUUUCACCCUCUCGCCAUCAGCGAGCGGUGCAAGACUGUUACCACACAGACCUGAUUUUGGUCAGGACCAUUCGAUCGCCCCCUUUCUUGGCUAGUUAAAAGACUACCCCACACAUCUCGGAUCCCUCUGCAGUUUCACUACCUUUAUCUACACUCCCUCCACCCACCGAAACAAAUCCGAACACUGCAGUGGCCACCAAAAGAAUAUAUUAUUAUUUUUAUUUUGAGUCAUUUGAAAGUCUAGUCUUUGUAAUACUUUUUAUACACUAUUUUGUUAAGUACAUCCAUUUGUGACAUUUUUAUUUUUUGGUUCAAUAUUGAAAUCAGUGUUGUAAAGCAAGUCAAAACCAAUGACUACACAAGAAAUCACAUCAUGUGCAUGUAGAUCUGAUGCCAAGUUUCUUGGUCUUGGAGAUUUUGCCUCGAAAUCAUGUCUGAAAAGAUCCGCAACGGAACUGGACUUAAAAGCUGUGCUUUUUUUUAGUUGUUUUCAUUUAUAUCACUUUAUCUGUAUGUCUGUAAAUGUAUGUGAGUGUACUGUUAGUCCUUUUGAAUGUUGUCCAUGUGUUUACGGUGUGAUGUGGUGUGGUGUAUGAGGAAUCGGAACACCACUUGGAUUUUGUUUAAAAAAAAAAAUCUGUGGCAAUUGCACUCAUCUGAUCAGAGGCCAUAAAAGUUCCCCCCUUUUGCCAUACAUUUGAAAUGAUGGUGGAUGGAUUUUGUUUUUGUUUUAAUUUAAAGUUUUUAAGUUAAUUUAAUAUUACCAUCCCCUCCUUUUUUCCUUUUGCCUUUCAGAGAAUAAUUCUAAUUUUAGUCGUUACCUCUGUUUAUCAGACAUUGUAUGGCAGGGGUUUCUUCCUUGGCUGGAGCUCUCUACUGCUUCCUGUUGGAUUGAUUGUAGCAUGAUGAGUUGAGGGAUACACAAAGGGACGUCGACACAACAUGGCAAGCAUUCCCUCUGGCUCUUGCCUUUAUUCCAGAGUUGGGGUGAUGUACAGCAGUAUUUGCUAUGAUAAAAAAAAUAAAUCACUGAAAUGGCAA